AUGAAUGGCAACUUCAUAAUCGCCCUCUGUGCCACACUCCCCUUGGCAUGCGUCUUCACAGGGGUGGGUGUCCUUUUGUGGUAUCGGCACCAUUUCACCGUCAAUAUCAUGCGCCACCAUUCCCGAAUGCAACUGUUCCUCCAGCGGCGACGUGAUCAACCCGAUCUCGAGCAAGGCUGUCACCACGAUGCUCCCCCUGUCCCCAAGUACACUCGGAAUGGGUGGAUGCGGCCGAUCACAAGAUACCAUCCUGGACCCAGAGACUUUGAUGACAUGAAUUGGCGCCGUUUCUAUGCUGAUCGGAACUAUUACAGCCCCCGCGAGUACAGGCGUGCUGCGCUUUCGCGGAGCCGUGAAUGUCCACCGUAUUCUGCCCCCACAACAGGAACCGAGAGGAGGCACCUCAAGAGCGUCCAUCACAACGUCAGUGACCAGCAAAACUCCAGGUCAUGGCAUCAAGAUGACCACGAAGCGAACAAUGAGAUUCAACCCCGCAACCAAUCAAAAACAAAGAAGAACAGGAAUAGAAACAAAGCUUGGUCUCAGAAUGAUGGUCAGUCCAAGCAGAGAAUGAAUCAAGGGCAGCAAGGCAAAGCAAAGGGGAAAGGCCGUCAAGCUUGGGACCAGGCCCAGGGCGAAGCACCUGAGCAAAGCCAGCAGGAACAGCCGCAGAACGAGGACUGGGGCGAUCAAGCUCCAAAUGAAGACCAUCAGGACCAAGCUCAACCCCAGGAUCGUCAGGAUCAAGCUCAAAAAGGGGAUUGGGGAGACCAACCACAAGAUGAGGCUUGGGGUGAUCAAGCUAAAAAGCAGGAGCAUCAGGACCAACCGCAAAAAGGAGAGUGGGGAGAUCAAUCUCAAAAUGAGGGCUGGGGAGAUCAACCUCAAGACGAGGACCGUAAGGAUCAACUACAAAAUCAGGUUUUGCAGGACGACAGUCAUCAGAAAGACUCAGGUGAGGGCGCUGGGAAUGAUGCCGCACAAAAUCCUUGGCCCGAGCAGUCAUGGCCUGCAAGUCCUGGAGCAUCUCCUAGCUCAACGAGGGACAACCGAGCUGGAUCUACAAAGGUCUGGAAGACGAAUCGCCCUAAAAAGGGAAAGGGCCGACGUCCAAAUAAGCGUACAGACUGGGGUGAUGAAUGGCCAACGGUUUGA